AUGAAGGCCUGGGUUCUCCUGGAUCCAGUUCGCUCCCAGCAAUGUCCACCUGGAAACCCCCUCCUCGUCCACCAGUUCAUGGAGAUAGGCGCUGACCAGCAGGUCCCCGCCCAGCACCGGGUCCCGAGCUCACUGGAUCCGCUCUAUGGUGUCGUCCGGCGCUACCUGGAUGUGGUCCAGCAGAACCCCUUCCCCACAGAGCUUCUACGGGUGGCCCUGAAUGAACCGUCAUCAGUGAGAACCUCUCAGGUGGUGCGCUACCAGGCUGGCUAUGUCAUCUGUGCUGCGAUUGCUGUGCUCUUCUUUGUGGCGGUGCCAGCAACAGGUCUGUGCUUCUGCUGCUGCCGGCGCCGCCGGCGCUGUGGGGGGCGCAUCAAGGCCGACCGCCGCUCCCUCACCUGCCAGCGCAACCUCCUCACUUUCUGCCUCUCCCUCACUACCGCCAUCCUACUGGCUGGCGUUAUCUGUGCUUUCGUUGCCAAUCAGUGGGUGAAGGAGCAGAUGGAGCCCGGGGCCCGAGCCGUGCCAGCCACUCUACACACUUUGAGGAAGAACAUUCACAGCAUCCCACAGGACCGUGUCUCCUUCAGCAAGCAGCAGCUGCUGCACAAGAGGAGGAUCUGUCACGGCAAGUGCGUCAGCCACUUGCUCAAACAUGAAAGUUUUCUGCUUCGGUUGGCUCAGAACCCUCCACUGCAGGCUGAGUGUGCUGCCCGGCCACCGCCGCGGCAGGGCUCCUCAAAGGCUGGUGGACUAAUGCAAGGAGACAGGCGGGGGGUGCAGUCUGUCGUGGAGCAGUUUGCAGUGCCCAGACAGCAAAUAAUCAGCGACCUGAACAAUGUCAGCCACAGCAUUGGCCUCACCAUCCAUUCACUGUUGAAGGAGCAGGUGUUUUCAGUGCUGGAGGCCAUUCAGGGCAGAGCACAAGACCUACAGAACUCGCUGCACCAUUUACAGAUUCUCCACAAGACCGUGCGGACUCUGACCCAUUUCCAGGAUGAGCUGGGCCUGGCGCUGAGAGAUCGCAAGGAGAGCGCGGUCUCCCUGCUGGACAGUCCGCGCUGCACCUCCUGUGCCCGGGCGCUGGGCAAAGCCCAGAACUUGGAGCUGGGAGCCGACUACAGCAGGGUUCCUUCAGUGGAACAAGUUUUGAAGACACUGUCUGGUCUCCCCAAAGCUAACUUCCCAGGCUUGAUUGACCAGGGCAACAGCACCUUCAACUCAAUGCCAGACCUAGCCGUUGCGAAGAUGGCCCAGGUUGUUCAGGAUCUAAAGGAUGAAGUGAACAAGGUCAGCAAGAAGGUCCAGUCUAUUGCAGACAGCUUCCCAGUCUCUGAUUACACUCAACCCUUGAAUGAUGCCUUGUUGCAGGCAGAGAACAAGAGCCACCCUUACCUCCAGGAGGUGAAACACUAUGAGAAAUACAGGUGGAUUGUGGGCAUCGUGCUGUGCUCUGUGGUCCUGCUGGUUGUAACCUGUAACCUCCUGGGGCUGUCCCUUGGGGCCUGUGGGCUCGCCAUGCGGGAGGAUCCGAGUGACUAUGAAAGCAGAGGAGAAGCUGGGGCCAAGUUCCUUUUGGUGGGCGUUGGCUUUAGCUUCCUCUUCUCCUGGCUCCUGAUUCUCUUGGUCUUCGCCACCUUUCUGGUUGGGGGCAAUGUCCAGACGCUGGUGUGUAAGAACUGGGCUAAUCAGGAGAUUUACAAGUUUAUCGACACUCCUGGGAACCUGCCUCCAUCCAUGAACCUCACCCAGCUACUCAACCUGAAGAGGAGCCUCAACCUAACCUCUGCUUACCAGGGGUGCAAGAAGGGUGCAGGCCUCUGGGACGUUCUGCAGCUCAGAGAUGCCUACAAUCUCGAGGAUCACCUGCACCUCAGCCAGUACACCAGAGACUUCCAGAAACGCCUUGACAACUUCAACCUCCACUUUGAAGAAAUCCACUUCCUCGAUGGGGCUGGGAGACGGGACCUGGAGACCUUCCGGCAGAGCGGGAUCGACCAGCUGGACUACCCUACGUUCCAGGCCGAGAUGCAGAACCCUGUGGUGAGGACGAGCCUGGAAGACCUAGCCAGGGACCUCGAGGGCCUCCAAAAAAUUCAGAGCAACAUCACAAUAGCAGGACGGCUGGCCAACGAGUCCCAGGCCCUGUGGAAAAUCCAGAACGCCACCGUGCUCACUCAGGAGGCCCUUGUGGUGAAGCUGAAUGAGAGCGUGCAGUUCUUAUCCACCAUGGCACCCCACCUCCAGCCCCUCUUGAAACAGACGAUGGCUGAGAUCGCCAUGAUCGAGACCAUGCUGCCGGUGCAGGCGCAGCGGCUCCUGAGACACGAGAUUGGCUGCUUCACAAGGAAAGAACUGGGCUAUUUCUCGCAGUACCUGAACUGGGUGAGACGCACGUUGACUGAGGAUGUGGCUUCCUGCCAGCCGCUCGCCACGGCACUGGAUAACGGCCGGGUGAUCCUCUGCGACCGCAUCGCCGAGCCCUGGAAUGCCUUCUGGUUCAGCCUGGGCUGCUGCACCUUCUUCCUCAUCCCCAGCAUCAUCUUCGCCAUCAAACUUACCAAGCACUUCCGCCCCAUCAGGAACCGGCUAAUCUCUACUGCCUCAGAGGAGACCUAUCCCUUCCAUAUUCCCCGCGUUACAGCUCUCAAGCUAUAGGAAGGGGUCUCCGGCA